AUGGCAGACACUCAGCACGCCGAGAAAAAUGGCUCGCUGGAAGAGCAGCCGACUAUUGAGAGCCGGCGCGAGGUCUCAAUGAGCGCUGGCGAGUACAUUGCGACUCGCGCCACCACGCUCAAGCCGCCUAUGAACCAGGCACCCAACCCUAUCAAGCUGCUAAUGAUGCUGACCCGCAAACAAUGGGCCUUCUUCGCCGUAGCCUUCAUUGCGUGGUCGUGGGAUGCCUUCGAUUUCUUUACCGUCAGCUUGACGGUCGAGCAGCUCGCAGAGCAAUUCGAUAAGACUAAGACGGAUAUCACUUGGGGUAUCACCCUUGUUCUCAUGUUCCGUUCUGUCGGCUCCAUCCUCUUCGGUAUUGCAGCAGACAGAUACGGUCGCAAGUGGCCGUUCGUCAUUAAUAACAUUCUGUUCAUCGUACUCGAACUCGGCACGGGAUUUUCCAACACCUACGGCCAGUUCCUUGCCUGCCGUGCUUUGUUUGGUGUUGCAAUGGGUGGACUAUACGGUAACGCCGCCGCUACGGCCCUCGAGGACUGCCCGGAGGCUGCCCGUGGCCUGAUCAGUGGGAUGUUACAGCAAGGGUACGCUUUUGGCUACUUGCUUGCCGUCGUCUUUGCGCGCGCGCUGGUUGAUACCACUUCCCACGGCUGGCGUCCGUUCUACUGGUUUGGGGCCUGCCCUCCAGUGUUGAUCAUCGCCUUCCGGCUGAUGCUACCAGAGACCGAUGCGUUUAUUGCAAGACAGAAGGAACGUGUUGCGAUGGGUAGUAUUACGGGCACGUUUAUGAAGGAGGGCAAGGUCGCGCUCAAGAAGCAUUGGCUUUUGUUGACCUACAUGGUUCUCCUCAUGGCUGGAUUCAACUUCAUGAGCCAUGGAUCUCAAGAUCUUUACCCCACCAUGCUUUCGAAUCAGUAUAACUACUCUCCAAAUGCCAUAUUCGGUCGCAGAUUUUCCAUUAUCAUCAUCAGCAUCAUUGGCGGGGCCUUGCUAUACCCAUACACCUUCACAUCUUCAUCGGCCAUCAACGCAGCUGCGUUCUUCGAGCAAUUCUGCGUCCAAGGUGCCUGGGGAGUUAUCCCAAUCCACUUGAUGGAACUUUCCCCCGGUGCUUUCCGCACUUUUGUUGUCGGAACCAGUUACCAACUUGGUAACCUGGUCUCCUCAGCUAGCUCGACCAUCGAGUCGACAAUCGGCGAGAGGUUCCCUCUGCCUCCCAACCCCAAGACUCACGCGUCGAGAUAUGAGUACGGCCGUGUCAUCUGUAUCUUCAUGGGCGCCGUUUACGCUUACGUGAUUGUCCUUACCUUCAUCGGCCCGGAGUACCUGCAGAGAUCGUUUGCCAUCGAGCACGACGAUGACUUGCGCGAGGUUACAGGACGCCCAGUGGGUGCGGAUGCCUUGGUGGGUGGUCAUGGAGAUGUGAACGCGAAGGAGAGCGAGGAAGAUGCUAGGAGGGUUGAGAAGGUGGAGGCCUAG